AUGGCGUUGGUCCCCGCCCGGGUGUCCCCAGGCUCGGUGUCGGUGAACAGUCGCAGCACGCCCUUCCUGGCCAGCGGUGACCGGGACGUUCUGGACGUGGGGGCCGAGCUGUACCUGGGGGGGCUCCCCGAGGCCCGGCCGGGCCCCCCCGCGCCCCCCGAGCUCUGGGCCGCGGGGCUGCGCCUCGGCUUCGUGGGCUGUGUGCGGGACCUGUUCGUGGACGGGCGGAGCCGCGACGUGCGGGCGCUCCUGGCCUCGGGGGGGGCUCCGGGGGUGGCCCCGCUCUGUGCCAGGGACCCCCCCCGGCUGUGCGCCAGCGCCCCCUGUCGCAACGGGGGCACGUGUCGCGAGGGAUGGAACCGAUUCGUGUGCGACUGCCGCGGCACCGGGUACCUGGGGCCGCGCUGCGAGACAGAGGCGGCGGUGCUGAGCUAUGAUGGCAGCAUGUACCUGAAGGUGCAGGUGCCGGGCGAGCAGACGGAGGCCGAGGACGUCUCCCUGCGCUUCAUGUCCCCCCGAGCCUUCGGCCUCGUCCUGGCCACCACCUCGCGCCACUCGGCCGACACCCUGCGCCUCGAGCUGGACGGGGGGCGCAUGAAGCUCACCCUCAACCUGGACUGUGUCCGCGUGGGCUGUCACCCCAGCAAGGGCCCCGAGACGCUGUUUGCGGGGCAGCGGCUGGAUGACAACGAGUGGCACUCGGUGCGGGUGGCCCGGCGCGGGCGCAGCCUCCAGCUCGCCGUGGACAACGUCACCGUCGAAGGACAGCUGUCGGGCUCUCACACCCGCCUGGAGUUCCACAACAUCGAGACCGGCAUCGUCACCGAGCGCCGCUUCCUGGCCGUUGUCCCGUCCAACUUCCUGGGCCACCUGAGCGGGCUGGUCUUCAACGGGCUGCCCUACCUGGACCUGUGCCGCGACGGCGACAUCAGCUCCUGCGAGCUCAACGCCCGCUUCGGCCGCCGCGCCAUCGUGGCCGACCCGGUGGCCUUCGGGGGCCGUGGCUCCUACGUGGCGCUGGCCACGCUCCAGGCCUUCUCCUCCUUCCACCUCUUCUUCCAGUUCAAGACCACGGCGCCCGACGGCCUCAUCCUCUUCAACGGCGGCAGCGGCUCCGACUUCCUGGUGGUCGAGCUGGUCAAGGGGUACAUCCACUACGUGUUCGACCUGGGCGAGGGCCCCUCGCUCAUGAAGGGCAACUCGGAGCAGCCGCUGCACGACGGGCGCUGGCACGAGGUGGCCGUGGCACGGGAGGGGGGGGGCCUGCACGGGCUGCGCGUGGACGGGAGACCCGUGACCCAGCACGGGCAGGGCGCCCGCGGGCUGCAGCUCAAGGGUGAGCUGUACGUCGGGGGGGUCAGCCCGGGGCUCCUGGGGCGCCUCCCGCGCCUCGUGGCCUCCCGGGGGGGCUUCCGGGGCUGCUUGGCCUCGCUGGACCUGAACGGGCGCCUGCCCGACCUGCGGGACGCCCUGAGACGCGUGGGGGACGUGAGGAGGGGCUGCGACGGCCCCAGCACGACGUGCGCCGAGGACUCGUGUGCCCACGGGGGCGUUUGCCUGCAGCAGUGGGACGGCUUCACCUGCGACUGCAGCAUGACGGCCUUCGGGGGGGCCGGCUGUGCCGAGCCGGGCACCACGUACAUUUUCGGCAAGGGGGGGGCCCUGAUCACCUACACGUGGCCCCCCAAUGACCGGCCCAGCACCCGCGCUGACCGCCUGGCCCUGGGCUUCAGCACCCGGCAGCGCGACGCGGUGCUGCUGCGCGUGGAGAGCGCGGCCGGCCUCGGCGACUUCCUGCAGCUCCACAUUGUGCAGGGGGCCGUGGGGGUCCUGUUCAACGUGGGCACCGAGGACAUUGCGCUGGAGGAGGGGGGGGCGGCCGUCAGCGAUGGGCGCUUCCACGUCGUCCGCUUCACGCGCAGCGGCGGCAACGCCACGCUCCAGGUGGACGGCGGCCCCCUGCACGAGCGCUACCCGCCAGGCAGCGGGGACAGCGAGCGGCUGGCGCUGGCGCGGCAGCGCAUCCCCUUCCGCCUGGGGCGGGUGGUCGAUGAGUGGCUGCUCGACAAAGGCCGGCAGCUGACCAUCUUCAACAGCCAAGCGCGCGUGCGGGUGGGGGGCCGGGACCGCGGCCGCCCCUUCCAGGGGCAGCUCUCGGGGCUCUACUACAACGGGCUGAAGCUGCUGGCGCUGGCGGCCGAGGGACACCCCCGCGUGCGGCUUGAGGGGGACCUGCGGCUCGUGGGGGACCCCCCCCCCGCCCCCGCGCCCCCCGGCGCCACCCCCGCGCCCCCCGACAUGGCCACCACCAUCAUGGAGACCACCACCACCAUGGCCACGACCACCACCCGCCGCGGGCGCUCGCCCACCCUGCGCGACACCGUCGCCCAGAACACGGACGAUCUCCUGGUGGCCUCGGCCGAGUGUCCGAGCGAUGACGAGGACCUGGAGGAGUGUGAGCCGGGCACAGCCGCGCCCGGAGCGGUGGAGGUGGUGCGGGAGGCGGGCGGCACCACCGGCAUGGUGGUGGGCAUCGUGGCGGCCGCCGCGCUCUGCAUCCUCAUCCUCCUCUACGCCAUGUACAAGUACCGCAACCGCGACGAGGGCUCCUACCAGGUGGACCAGAGCCGCCACUACAUCGGGGCCGCCCCCGCCGCGCCCGGGGGGGGCCCGGGAGGGGCUCCCGGGGCCGCGUCCCCGACCCCCGCCCGCCGGGACCCCAAGGAGAAGGCGGCGGGCCGCGCCCCCCAAGGCGCCGGGCAAAGGGCGGCGCAACAAGGACAAGGAGUAUUACGUCCGCCCCGAAUCCCUCCGAGCCCCCCCGGGCCGCCCCCCCCGCCGCGCACAGAGGAAUACACGGUUCUAUACUUCGUACAGCGGCUCCGCCUCUUCCUGCGCCGCCCCCGGGACCCCCCGAAUGCGCCGGGACCCCCCCAACCUCCCCCCGCGGAGGGGUCCCAGCCCUCCCCUCCGCCAGGGGGCGCCUCCCCGCCUCUCCCGGGCCCCGCCCUCACAAUGACGUAA